AUGGAGAAUGUUGGAGAGAAAACAUCACCAACUUCACAAGAAAAUGAUAAUCGACCUCCUUCACCCCCUCCUUCACCCCCUUCAGAUGAAGAUGGCAAUGAUGAAUUUAACAAUGACAACCAAGAAGAAGACGAUAAAAAUAUUUCAUCAUCGAUAAUGUAUCAGUAUGAUGGAACUGGCAGAAGAAUUGGUGUUCGAAUCGCGUCACGUAAUUCUUAUUCACGUAAUACAAUUUCACGUAAUACAAUUUCACGUAAUACAAUUUCUCGAAUUAGUAGUGCAAGUAGUAGUCUGGGAAGAAGAGGAGGAGGAAGAAGAUUGGCGAUGAUGAAGAAGGCUGUAGCGGCUGACCAGGACGAUGAUGACGAUGAUGAUCUGGAAUAUUUAAUGUCAAAAAGGAGUGGCACUGCAACUAGUUUUAGAAGUAAUAUAUAG